AACUUUGCUCAGCUUCAUGUCAAAACUGUGUACAAAAUCCCAGGCUUGGUUUGCAAGAAAGCGCAGGCAUGAAGAGCAAAACCACAAAGAGCUGGGGUUUGCAUUGGCCUACAACUUUCCAAAGUGCAGGUUUCUUUUUAGAUGUCUUCCGCCUUCUACAGUUUUUGCAUCCUUGCGCUCUUGUGUUCGAUGAAGUGAAGCACAGAGGAUUAGUUAAGAUUUUGGCCUUCAGUAACAGCACGAAAAGACAGCACUGGCUCAAAAUUAAGAUCCAAUGAUCAAAAUGAAUACCAUCAUGUGGUUUGGGUUUGUGCUGAGUGCACUAUCUGCUGCAGGCAAAGUGAUCCUCACAAAACCAGGGCAGAAUGUCCCAAUCGAGUGUGGGGUCAGCAGCUUCACUAACCUGGAGUGGUAUCAUGGAAGUAACCAGAUUAUUAACAUUAAUAAAAGGGACAGCAUCCCUCGCAAAGGCAAAUUUGACAUUGUGUCAAGGUUAAGGUUGAAGCAAGAUAUGGAUCUGGAGAUCAUGGGAGUGAAGGAAGAAGAUGCUGGAAAGUUCACUUGCAAGGCAGAUAGGCAGUCUCAAGAACAUAUACUUCUUGUUGUCUCAGUCUCAGCCAGUCCCUCUAGUGAUCUCCAGCUGGGCAGUAAGCUUACGCUCCAGUGUCAGGUGAAAGGUCUGGACCAAGGCUCCACAGCGUCGUGGAAGAGGCCAGAUGAACUUCCACCAGCAAAGUCACACACAGAGUCACACACAGUUAAACUCAAAUCUGUGGCCCUCUCAGAUGCAGGGAUCUGGAAGUGUACAUUCUCCCAUGGCACGGAGGUGUAUAGUGAGAGCUUAGAAAUCAAAGUUAAAGUGCCUGCUCCUACAACACCUGCACCAGUCACUUUGCAAGUCUCAAAGAACGUCAAUGAGGAAACCUGCCCCAACUGUGGUAGUGCUGUGCUGCUGGGGUUCAGCUGGUGGGUGUGGGUUGCCAUUGGAGUUUGCUGCCUGGUUGUGGUUCUCCUGAUGGUCUUUGUCCUUGUCUUAUGCAAGAGGAUCAGAAGAAGGAAGAGAAAAUUGCAGAAGAUGAAGUAUGACCGCCAGCUACUGAUGUCCAAGCAGUUCUGCCAGUGUAACUGCCGAACAGCUGCAGCAAAACCGCAGCAAGGACGCCGGAGAGAGAAGCCAUCAGCCCUCCCUCUGCAACCCUAGCUAAUGGAGUGACAUGAAAGACAGAUCCAAGAAAGGAGAGAUAGACAGAAAGAAAGCGAAAGGGAGAGAGUAAGAGGAGGGGAAAGAGAGGAAUAGAUAGAGAUAAAGAGAAAAGAGAGAGCAAGUGAAAGAGAACCCCAGUGUGAAUAUGGCAUGAAUGUAAAUGCGCUUUUGAAUGCUCCUGAUGAAAAUAAAAAUAAAAUGUAAUGAUGUGAGCACUUCGAGCUUUUUCACCAAAUAUAACCAGUGAACUGAAUGCGAAUAGGCUCUCCCACUGUAAGAGAGAACAGCAACAGUCUGUACUUAUGUUUUACAUUUAUGCAGCAUAUUAACAUGUUAAACCUAUACUUACAUACAACAUUGUAAACUUCUAAUGCACUGCCUUCCAUCUUAAAUGUAAUUCUGCUGAUUUAGAUGUAUUUUCUUUCUUGUGUUUCUGUGUAUUUGAUUUGAUGUUUUUGUAUACUUUCUUUCUGUAGGUUGUAAAUGAAAAGAUUAGAAUACUAUAUUGAAAUUUGAUGUCUUUCUUUCCUCAAUAAACUAUUAGGAUAUCCAGCUGCAAAA